AACAGUGAAUUCAACAAUUUCCCAAAAGAAAGGGGAAAAAAAAAGUAAUGAAGGGGUUUAGUGGGGAAAGCAAGCAGCUAAAACAACAGUAAAAAGUAUGAAGGGAGGGAUGAAGAGAAAGAGAAGCCAACCAGACGAAACCAUGGACAUUGUGUGGCAAACUCCCGCCAAUCCUCCUCAUCGCCAAGAUUACAUUUUUCGGGACGGAGUAAGAUACGUCAGGCCAUACUAUUUCGAGUUCAUUUCGCAUGCAAAGAAUAGAUGGGCGGGGAAGACCAUUGUCGAUUUGUUUACGGAUGAAUUUAAAGGCCGACCUCGUGAUUAUUAUGUGUCUGCAGUGAAAACUGGACGUAUCCAAGUUGAUGGUCAGAAAGUUCCUAUAUCAUAUGUAGUCCAGCCAUCCCAAAAAAUAAGCCAUUUUCUGCAUAGGCAUGAACCCCCGGUUAUGGCUAUGGAUAUCCAGAUUCUCCACACUGAACCAGAUGUUGUAACUGUUUACAAGCCUGCAACGACUCCUGUACAUCCAUGUGGACAAUAUAGGAAGAAUACAGUUGUUGGUAUUCUUGAAGCGGAGCAUGACUUGGCACCACUAUUUCCAAUUCAUCGAUUAGAUCGCUUGGUCUCUGGACUUCUUAUCAUAGCUAGAAGUGCUUCCAAGGCUGAUAUUUUCAGGCAACAGAUUGAAUCAGGAGAGGUCAAGAAACAGUAUAUUGCAAGGGUGACAGGAGUAUUUCCUGAGGAUGAGCAAGUUGCUGAUGUCAAUGUUAACUAUAAUGCCCGAGAAGGAAGGAGCACGGUUGAGAGACUUGUGCAGGUAGAAAAUGGUCCGACCGAGAAGAAUUCUGUAAAAGGGAAGGCUGCUUGUACCAAAUUCACUAGAGUUAGUACCAAUGGAACAGAAAGCAUUGUUUUGUGUGAGCCAAUCACUGGCAGGACACAUCAGAUACGUGUUCAUUUGCAGUAUCUGGGGCAUCCCAUAGCUAAUGACUCUCUCUAUCUAUCGGAAAGUGUUCCUUCACGUUCUCUUGAAGGAUUGGGUGCUGAUAGAGCUGCAGCAAACUCAGGGCUUGCCCCAAAGGUCAUGCAUUGUGAGAUUAACGAGUCUGGUUCUGCAGAUGAGCCUGCUGAAGAUUUCAACAUCGAUCCUAUGUGUACCAACUGUCCAGAUCUGCCACCCAAAGGAUACGAUGUACAUGAAGCAGCUCUAUGGCUGCAUUGUAUUAGAUACUCGGGCCCUGAUUGGACGUACGAGUGUCCAUAUCCCAAAUGGGCAUCUCUUACAGGUUUCGGUGGUGAUAAAAUAGUGGAUUACAGAGGGGGAUGAAGAUAAUCGAUUUGGAUGAUGAAGUAAAGCAAGAAAUAGAAGGAUCUUAUUUUGAAUCUGGAUGGAUCCUGUAUAGUUGAGCAAUAUCUUCACUUUUAACUCUUCUUUUGCAGAAUUAUUCUUCACCUUUGCUAUUUAGAUGGUGGGCCAAUCUUCAGCUUCAAUUACAACUACUUUCUAGUCAUUCAACACCCACACAGAAUCUCAGUCUAUUACUCCUCUAAGAUUUGUUCUAGUGGUUUUGUUGCAAUGUUUAUAAUUUAAAAUCUCAGUCAUCCAAUAUGGAUAUUAAGAUUUUGAUUUUAUUAUGUUCAUGUUAUUUUUCCACCUUGUAUUGAAAUGACAUUGUUUUGAUAUUUAAUUAGGUGAUUUCUCAUAAUUUUACAAAAUAAAA